AUGGAAAAGUCUGACCAGCACUUCUCGGAGAAUCUAUCAAUCACCUCCGGAAAUGAAACACAAUCUCACAAGUCUGCAAGAAGAAAAUACUCGGACCCAAUCCCAGUUGAUCUCCUUAUCGAUAUAUUCUCUCGAGUCCCGAAAGAGUCUAUAGCAAGGUUCCGUUGCCUAUCGAAAUUCUGGGAAUACAAAUUUGGUCGUCCUUAUUUCACUGAGUUGUUUCUGAGCAAGUCUUCCACUCGUCCACGUCUCCUUUUCACCUUGUAUCAUGAUGGAAAAUUGUUCUUCUACUCUGCACCUCAGCCUCACAAUCCAGAUAAGGACUCUUCUCUUGUAGCCACACGUUACCAUAUGUCAUCGCACAAAAAUGUUCCAUGUGUUUACUGUACCCCGGUCUGUGGAUUGACCCUUCUUCAGAAAAUUCUUGAAAUAAGAAGAAAGAUGAUUUGUAACCCUAUCACUGGAAAGUUCCUAACCUUACCCAGAGUGGUCCUGAAAUCAAAAACCUUACCCCACACAGAGGAAACUUAUAUUGCAAGAUUCUAUUUUGGAUAUGAUCCGAUCAGCAAACUAUAUAAAGUGUUGUGUAUGACCUCGUCACUCUGUGAUGGACCCAAUACUCAUCAGGUUUUGACAUUGGAUUCUGGAAAACGUUUCUGGAGAAGGAUCAAAUUUGCAUUCGAUUUUGUGGAGGAUAGUAGAGUGCAUGGUCAAAUAUGCAUAGACGGUGUUUUAUAUUUCGGAGCUGACAUGAAAGAUACUUCUGUGAUAGUUUGCUUCGACGUUAGGUCUGAGAAGUUCGACUUUAUUAAUUUAGAUAAAGACAUGAUGUACGAGUCUUAUGUAAGUGGUUGUUUGACUUUGAUCAACUACAAAGGCAAAUUAGGUAUACAUGAAAGAAUACCAAACUAUUGGCAUAACGUUAAAGAACUUGUGUUGUGGGUUAUGGAAGAUGCUGGAAAUCAUAAAUGGUCCAAGCAUACCUACGAAGUGCCUACUUCAAUCAGAGAGAAAUCGUUUGUUGGAAUGACUGCUACAGGUGAUAUUGUGUGGUCAUCGUACAGCAACAGCAACAAAUGCGUUUACUUCUACAAUCUUGAGAGGGGAACUUUUACAAGCGUCACUAUUCAGGGAUUUGAAGAGUUGUAUGGUAGUGUUGGCACUUUUAUAGACUAUGUGGAGAAUCUCAAGUUUAUGUAA